UUCUUUUCUUUCCUUCUAUAGUCAAAGGAAAGAAAACACACCUUUUCAAUUUUAAAAACUAGCCCAGUUUCAUUGCUAAGCCAUGAUAAACACUUUGUAGUCAGUGCCAUGGAGGGAAGAAAAUGUCAAUCCCAUUUGUUACUCACUACCUAUAUUGAAUUGAAUACAUAUUAACAUGAAUUAAGGUCCAUCUUAUUUUCUAUCUGGAAAAAACUUGAUUUGCUAACUUUUCUUGUCGCCAUUUGCAUGUGCUCAGAUUUUCUGUAAAGUCUGAUGAAACAAUAGGGGAAAACAUGGGAUUCUAUCUUAAUCUCAAACGCAAGGCGUUCCGGCUUAAACGGUUUCUGCUAGGACAUGAAGGCAGAAAAAGAAAAUACAAGCAGGCAAAAAAGCCUUCAUGGAUGAGGCCAAUGACAUAUGGUUAUCAAGUGGUGGAGAGUAAUAUGGCCAGAGAUGGUUCUGAUGACUCUGAUUUUGAUUCAGUUGUGGCACAGAGAGAGGAAAUGGAUCAAACAGAAUUGUGGUAUUUUGGAAUCUUUGACGCACUAAUUGGAGACAAAGUUACCAAGUACAUGCAGUCUUAUUUCUUUGACAAGAUGCUUCAAGAGACUCAUAUAAGGAGAAAAAGCAAGGAAGCUCUGAAGAGAGCUUACCUUGGUGUAAGAGCAAUGAUCCGAGAGCAACACAAAUUAGAGGAGACAUGCAGAAUGGGUUCAGCAUCUGUUAUGUUGAUCGAUGGAGAAAAACUUGUGGUAGCCAACAUGGGAGAUUACAGAAUUGUUGUCUGCAGAGAUGGCAUAGCUCAUCAGACAACUGGCACAUACCUACAAUCAGCGAAAAUACAUUGGUCUCGCAGAUUCUUCGCAGCAUGUCAAUCAGGAAAUGCAGCAGGGGCAAAGCAUUCUAGAGGCUCUGAUCUUUCCGUUAGAAGUGAAAGGAUUGAUUCUGAUACUGAGUUUUUGAUAUUAGCAAGCAAUGGCAUAUGGGAGGUGAUGAAAAACCAAGAGGCUGUGAAUCUGAUAAGUCACAUAGAGGAUCCACAAGAAGCAGCUGAAUGCUUGGCAAAGGAAGCUCUAAUUAGGAUGAGCAAAAGCAGCAUCUCAUGCUUAAUCAUUCGCUUUGACUGACACCUUACCAUAUGCAAUCCUAAUGAUGGCAGUUAAAGAUGUUUCCUUAUAGAAUGCGGUAAAUGCAUUGAAAAUUUUGUGUACGAAAGCUCCAUAUAGCAUUGACCCUUAUUCGACCACUAUUGGUCAUAGUCAUCAGACUUUUUUCAUGGUCCAGCUACAUCAUUAUACGUCUCACUUGACUUCAUUUUUAGAACAGAAGAUAGAUCUCAUGGAAUAUUUUUAAAUGGACACAAGGUCAAAACCUUUCCUCCCUCACUCCGUUGCUUAGGUUUUCUGAAGUGAUUAUACACAAUUAAAUUAUGAUUAACAAAAUCUUUUUUUAUAAAAAUAAUUGA